AUGGCUUCCCGAGCUAUCAUACCCUUCCUGGUCGGCAUGAUGCUGCUGACCGGCGUCUGCAACACACUCCUUACCAAAUACCAAGACCAACAAUGUGUGCGCAACUGCGACGGGAAACAUCCCCAGUACUUCGAGCAGCCCGUCGUACAGACUGCCCAGAUGUUUAUCGGCGAGAUGGGCUGCUGGCUUGUGGUCGGCGGCUUCUCCCUCUUCAAAUACUUCGCCUCCAAGCGAUCCGUCGAAGCCGGUGGCUACGAAUCCGUUCCCCGCGAGUCCACCGAUUCGCCUGCGCCUCCCUCGGCUGCCGACAUCGAAGCCGCGGCCGAUACACCUGACACUGCGAGCUCUGAUAUCCCCGUUGCCAACCCGCUCAAGCCGGCGCACGAAGACCAUUCGCGCACCCCUUUGACCGGCUGGAAGGUGCUAUACUUGGCUCUCCCUGCCAUUUGCGAUAUUGCGGGUACAACUCUCAUGAACGUGGGUCUGCUGUUUGUCGCAGCCAGUAUCUACCAGAUGACUCGCGGUGCGCUGGUUCUCUUUGUCGGCCUUUUCAGCGUCCUGUUCCUGAAGCGUCACCUCGCUCUCUACAAGUGGGUGUCUUUGUUCAUCGUCGUGGCCGGUGUCGCUGUCGUCGGCCUGGCCGGUGCUAUCGCGAAGGAGUCGGCCCAUGGAGCCAGCAUUAUGCCCGAGGGUCAGACUCCCAUCGGCGACAAGUACGCUUUCUCCGGCACUAUCCUCGUGCGCAGCGCAGCAAAUGAGGUCAAGGCCAUGGCUACUCCGGUUGCAGUGCGCACCGUUAUCGGUGUCCUGCUCAUUGCCGGCGCCCAGAUCUUCACGGCCACUCAGUUCGUGCUCGAGGAGAGCAUCAUGGAGAACUAUGAGCUCGAGCCGCUGAAGGUUGUCGGCUGGGAGGGCAUCUUUGGAUUCAUCGUGACCGUCAUUGUCAUGGUCGUCAUGCAUUUCGCCGUCGGCAGGACCAAGGCUGGACGAUAUGGAUACUUCGACGCCAGGGAGGGUCUGCACCAGAUCACUCACUUCCCUGCCAUUGCGAUCAGCAGCAUCCUCAUCAUGUUCAGCAUUGGGGGUUUCAACUUCUUUGGUCUCUCGGUCACGCGCUCUGUCUCCGCUACCGCACGUGCGACCAUCGACACUUGCCGUACUCUCUUCAUCUGGAUUGUCUCCCUUGGCCUCGGCUGGGAGUCCUUCAAGUGGCUGCAAGUGCUUGGAUUUGCCAUGCUUGUUUACGGCACCUUCCUGUUCAAUGAUAUCGUUCGCCCCCCGCUCAAGGCAUACUUGGAGUGGAAGAGGAAGAAGAGGUCCGGUAUGGAUGAGCUACUGCCCGAGGGUCCCAUCGAGCACAUCUAA